AUGUUGCGUAACACCCUUUUCACCACCUCCAGGGCCAUGCUCGCCCGCCAGGCCAGACCUGCGACUGCUUCAAUCGCCAUCCGCGCUAUGAGCCAGACUUCCUCCGUUGCCGCUCACAACCAUGCCUUGAGUCACGCCGAUGUGGAUGCGGACCCCAAGACAUUGGACAUUAUCGAUAAGCAUGCCAAAUACACCCUCACCACUUAUGGCCGCCCUGCCGUCGUCUUCACCCACGGCAAGGGCUCUUACCUUUACGACGUUGGACACCGCGAAUACCUCGACUUCACCGCCGGUAUUGCCGUCAACGCGCUCGGACACUCCGAUCCCGAGGUCGCCAGGAUCCUCUUUGAUCAGGCCAAGCAGGUCGUCCAUCUCAGCAACCUUUACUACAACGUCCCCGCCGGUGAAUUGGCCGAGCAGCUGAUCGAGGGCACCCGUGCUUCAGGAGACUUUAACGCCUCCAAGAUCUUUUUCUCCAACUCGGGAACUGAGGCCAACGAGGGUGCCUUGAAGUUUGCGCGCAAGGUUGCUAAACUCACAGCCAAGCCCGGUCAGGAGAACAACAAGUUUGGCGUUGUCUCGUUCAACAACGGAUUCCAUGGUCGUUCGAUGGGCGCUCUUUCGGCUACCCCCAACCCCAAGUACCAGAAGCCCUUCCUGCCCCUGGUUCCUGGAUUCGCCCAUGCUCCCUAUAACGAUGUUGAAGCCGUUGAUCAGUAUGUCACCGAGGAGACCUGCGCUGUUAUUGUCGAGCCCAUUCAGGGUGAGGGAGGAAUCAACGUUGCAUCGGAGGCUUUCUUGAAGAAGUUGCGUUCUCGCUGUGACGAGGUCGGCGCCCUGUUGAUCUACGACGAGAUUCAGUGUGGACUGGGUCGUACAGGCAAGCUCUGGGCCCACCAGCACUUUUCUAAGGAGUGCACGCCCGACAUCCUCACGAUGGCCAAGCCUCUGGCCAACGGCUUCCCCAUUGGUGCUAUCAUGAUCACAGACAAGGUUGCCGAGAAGAUUGCCAUCGGUGACCACGGAACCACCUUUGGAGGAAACCCAUUGGGCUGCGCUGUUGCAUCGAGCGUCCUCCGUAGGAUCAACAACCCCGAGUUCUUGGACAAUGUCAAUCAGACCGGAGAGCAUUUCAAGGAGCAACUCGAGUCGAUCCAGUCGCCCCUUAUCAAGGAGAUUCGCGCCAAAGGCAUGAUCCUCGGUAUGGAGUUCAAGGUCGACCCCUCUCCCCUUGUUGCACUUGCCCGUGAGCGUGGAUUGUUGAUCAUUACUGCUGCCAACAACACUGUCCGCUUUGUCCCUGCCUUGAACAUUUCCAAGGCCGAGAUUGACCAGGGUAUCACUAUCCUCAAGCAGGCCAUUGGUGCCUUUGAGGACCGCGUCAUGGACGUUGAGGCAUAA